AUGUACCCACCAGGGCCCCUUGGUUUCUUCCUGCCGCCCCCAGGACAAGUGGUUAAAGACCCCGCGACUACAACCAGGCUUGCCGAGUACUCGACGUACCCGUCGCGCUUGCGGACAGGUGCAACGUCGCUCGUCCAGCCCGAGCGCGUGAUGGGUGGGCCGCGCGAGCGCGAAGCGCAUCUCGCGCAGCUCGACGCGGAAUUCGCCCUCGCGCGCUCUUCCGGUGCAUCCACACCACGCGUCGACAGCCCUGCACCGGGCCGCAUAAGCCGGACUACGACCACGACCAUGUCUGGGCGGCGCGCCGGGCGCGUCAAUUACGCCGAGGCUGACGAGAGUGACGACGACGAGGAGAGCGAAGAGAGCGAUAUAGAGGAGGCAGCGAGCGACCCCGACGACGACAACUACGGCGAGCGCCGGAGAAAGCGGGACCGCGAAGCGGAGAAGCUUGCGCACUCUUUCCGUGCGAAGAAAAAGGCCGCCGAGGCCGAACCGGGGUGGUCAUGGCUCGGGGACCGCGUGCCGGGCGACCGCGUCAAGAGUGUCGAGGUGCGCGGGUUGACCGCACACAGGUUUGUGCCAGAAGACGCGCUGGCCGCCGAGGCAGAACGUCCCGAGCUGCUCGUGCCCAUCAACUUGGACAUUGAAGUGCCGGCGACGGACCACGACGAGGGGAUCAAGAUCAAGGACCGGUUCAUGUGGAAUGCGAACGAGCCGUUCGUCAAACCCGGCGAAUUCGCCAAGAUCUUCUGCCGCGACGUUGGGAUUUCUGAGGCGCACGCGUCGACCAUCGCGGACUUGAUCGCCAGCCAAGUCGAGGAAGCGCAGUCCACGGUCGUGAUCGACCUCGCGACGCCCGACGCGACGGAAGACGAUGUGUCGUGGUCCGACGACGACGCGAUGGACGAAGACGAGCUCCCCGAACCCGACUGCCGGAUCAUCAUCAACCUCGACGUGCAGAUCUUCGCGCACGUCCUGCGCGACCGCAUCGAGUGGGACCUGUCCUCUCCGCUCCCGCCCAGCGAGUUUGCGCGGCACUACUGCGCCGAGCUGGGGCUGACGGGCGAAGCCGUGCCGCUGAUCACGCACGCAAUCCACGAAGAGCUGCUGAAGCACAAGCGCGACGCGCUCGAGCUCGAGCUCUUUGCGCGCACACAUCCCCUCGAGCAGGCCAAGUGGGAGAAGAGCGCGAACCACCCCAAAACAAACUUCCGGCACGGGGCGCGCGGCCUCGUCGGCGUCUGGCGCGACUGGUGGGAGCGCGACGAGUUCAGCCCGAUCCUCAUCGAGCUCACGGCUGAGGACAUGGCGCAGCGCGAGAGCGAGCGCUCGCGCGACGCGCGCAGCCGCAUGCGUGCGCUCACGUCCAAGCGCGGCGCAGCCCGCCUGCGGUAUUAUUAG